AUCGUUAUAUUAUUAAAAUCAUCCAAAUAAUAGCAAUAUUAUACGAAAAAGCGUUUGACAGCACGUGCGAUAAAAUCGCAUGCGAUGGAGCACAGACACGGGCCUUACGGCUACUUCGUGCAGGGUGUCACGGUCGUCUGGUUGCGAUCGGCAGGGUUAACGCGACGCGUGCAGUACUCAACCCCGUGCCGGCCUAAACGCAACCGCGCUGUCAACGGCCAAAGCCAAGCAACGGAGCGGGGAGCGACGGCGAAUGACGCUAACAACGCCGUCCGGUAAAGGUAACGGGAGGGCCGCUGCGUUUCAAAAUAAGAACCGAAUUCAAACUGCCGUAUACAGCACCCGCGGUGUAUUUAUUCGCUAGGCGGAUUUAAUGAUGCUAGACGAUUCGGUGCGGUAUCGGUAAGCUGAGUGUGUGACAUUUAUUAUUGUGAGCGUGCGUGGUGAAGCAUUGAACCAUUGCCAUCUACGACUGCUGCGAGGCUUGCAGGCGCCUGAACCAAUAUGUUUAUCAACAAAGCGGACCGGACGAGCUGGCUGUGACGCGCUACCCCGCCCUACCUCCCCCUGCCCUAGCAAAUGAAUGAACAAGCAAUGGAAGAACAGUACCACGAGGUAGCGGCCCGUGCAGUGUUGGGCUACCUCUACGACCACGACAUGUACAUGCUGGCGGAGCAGUUCUGCAUGGACUCUCCGUACCUGCGGGCGGACCAGGGCUCCUUCGAGCUGGGCCGCAUCCCGGUGAACGUGCUGCAGAAGCCCCUGCAGCAAGUGAUGAAGGAAUUUAUCGCGAUGCAAUCGCAGCUCCUGCAGCUGGUUAAUCUGUGCAGCACCGUCGUUGCCUUUCCGCACACCGACUCCACGAUGGUGCUGGUGGACCAUCUGAUCAAUGUGCUGAAAUCGUCCGGCACGGGCCCGGUGCUCGAUGCGGUCAUUACCACCCUGCCGGCUUACAGUGCCGCCUGGGCCGACAGUCAGUCACCGCCACCGUCGCACCCGACGCCACCGCCGGCAGCAGCGGGCCCGCCAACCGCGCUAAACACGUCCGGCUCGAUGCAGGACAGCACCGUCUCCGCCUUCUCGGGGCAGAGCCAGCUCGAGCCGGACCUCAGCAUGAUGCCGAUCGAUCUGAGCAUGAUCGAAACGGUCGCACCGGACCCACUGCCGACGAGCGCUCACAAGCGCCCGCCCGUUUCCGCCGAUCAACCAGUGCCGGUUGAGCAGCACCCCGCACCGGCCUGCGGGCUAGCACAGCAAUCAAACUCGCCCGCCAACCGAUCGCAUCCCCACGUGCAUCCCCAUCAGCUCAGCAAACCACCGCCGGUGACGGUUACGCUGCAAUCGUCGCACGAAACCGUGCUGCUCGCGACCAACCCGCCCGAGGUGGCGCCGGUCGGAGCGAGUGACGAAAACGUGCCGCCCGUCGCCACCACCACCGCCGCCGCCGGUGUGACGCUGGCCGAUCCACCCCGCUCCAAUGCGACACCGCUGGACAACCCGAUCGUGCCCGGGACGGCCAGCUCGCGGUCCACCUCCAGCCGGAAGCGGACGCACAUCCGCAUACUGGACUUUGGCACGCCGCCGUACAAGCGCGGCAGCCCGUCGACCGGCGGGUACAGCAGCUCGGCCGGCCGCCGCCCGUCACCCCCGCCAAAGGCCGUCACGCCCACCGUGCGUCCCAGGCCCGUGCUGAAGCUGCCGGUGACCGAGGAGGAGCAAGCGACGUCGGCGCCGCCGCCGCCGCCGCCUGCUCAGCCACCGACGCCAGUUCAGCCACCAUCACCUCCACCGCCGCCGCCACCUGUUCAGCCAUCAUCACCGACACCACCACCACCACCACCAGCACCGUCCGCCCAAACCGAACAACCGCAGCCAAAGAAAGAGAUCGUCCAGCGGCGGCCGAAGCGGCCCGAGGAGCAGCAACGAAGCAAACGGGCCGUCGCGAGCAAACCGCAGACGGAAACGAUACCGCGGAGUACAAUACCUACGCCCCCGGUCAAAGGGCCCGCCGAAACGGAACCGGUCCCAACCACCUCCACCUGCCAGCCGACCACCAGCAGUGCGAUGGUUCCACCGAACCCCCCCAAAGAGGCACCGGCACCGUCCAGCAGUACAAAGUCGCCGAGACGCGGUACCACCACCACCAUCACCACCAGUCAGCCACCAAGCCAGCAUCACACCAAAGCAAAGGAGGUGCCUGUGAGUGUGCGGCCACCGUCCCGCUCGCCGCCCCGCUCGCUGCUGCCGCCCGGGUCGCCCGGCUGCCCGGUCGAUCCGCUGGCCGUCUACCCGAUGACGCCCCGGUUUCUGACCCGGCCGCUCCAGCCGCUCUGCAUGCUGUCGCCGUUGCUCGGCCCCCUCGACAUGAGCGGCGUCAGCCAGCUCAAGUCGGGCAGCCACUCGAAACCGACCGACAUCAACACGCCCGGCUACCCGAUCACGCCCGGGUGUGCGACCACGCCCUCGCCACCGCCGGACAGUGGCCCCGGUGUGUCGUACUACGAGGGCGGCAAACCCACGGCACCCCCGGCACCCGGCGCCGAGCGGGCCGAAGUGGGCGCGCCGGGCGACGACGGGGAAGCGUCCGACGGGGAGGAGGCGGGGCAGUGCUACGAGCCACAGCUGACGCUGGCGGCCGGCAGCGAGGAAAUCAGGAUCGUCUGCCAGCGGGAGGGCAGACGCCGGCUCGGCACGUUGCGCGAGCGGGACAGCGAGUACGAGGAGCGGCUGGCGUCGCGCAUCGAGAUCGACAACGGGCAGCGGGUGUUCCAGAUUGCCAUCUCGCCCAUCAUUAAUCUGUUCGAACAUGGCACCAAGUAGUGGUAGGAGGGGUACGGGGGGAGAGGGAUCGUAUUCCCACCUGUAAAGAUAUAUAUUUUUUUAAGUCGUAUUUAUGAGAGAGCUUCAAUGUGUGCUCCAAUAUAGGUAGCCUAUUUGCAGGCAUCUCUUCGGGCGAAGAAGAUAGUGCGAGGGAACCAUAGCUUAAGCCUCCGUGCUCUCCAACCUUUUAUCAGCAUCAUGGACUACUACUGCGGCUUUGCUUUUCGAUAUUUUUUUUUCCGCGACCCACAUAUAUUGAGGACAUAUACAGUGGAACCCCUCAUAACGAGUACUAUCACGCCUAACUAGCAAUAUCAUUCGUGUACAGGAUACGUAUUUUAGGAGCUGAACUGAAAUCAUAAUCAAGAUCGGGGUUUGCAUUUCAUGAAUUAUUUAAUUUUCACUAUCGUUCUUGCAAAUGAGUUUCCAUACUAACAAUCAUUUAGUACAGGGGUCUCCAACUAGUGACGGGUUUAGUUGAGGAAAAUUCGGAGUCGACCCCCAUCCGACUCCGACAAUUUUGGAACCGACUCCGGGACGGUAGGUCCGCUCAGCAUUAUCCGGAGUUGUUCGGAAUCGUCUGCCCCCGUCCUGAAUCACUCAUAGUCAUCCGGAGUCAUCCGUGGAGUCGUCUGGAGGCGGAGUCAUCCGGAAUCUUCCAGAGUAAUCCAGAGUCUUCAAGGGUCGACUCCGAACUCCGACAACUUCGAACGACUCCAUCUCCAGACGACUCCGGACGGCUACGGAUGAAUUCAGACUAUUCCGGACGACUCUGGAUGAUUCUGGACGACUCUGGACGACUCCGAACGACUCCGAAAGACUCUGGACGACUCCGGGCGGCUCUAGAUGACUUCGAACGAUUACAGGUGACUCCAGAUUAUUCCGCAAUACUACAGAUGCCUCCGAAUGACUGCGACUCCAAACGACUCCAACUUCGGACGAUUCCGGUUGACUCUGGACUACUCUGGGCGACUCAUCCGGAAUCUUUCAGAGUCAUCCGGAAUCUUCCGGAAUCCGACUACAGGCAACUGCAGAUGACUCCGAACGACUACGACUUCGGACCACUCCGAACGACUCCAACUCCGGACAGCUCCAGACGACUCCGUACGACUCUAGACGACUCUGGACGUCUGCUAAUGACUCCAGAUGAUUUCUAACGACCACAGAUGACUCCAGAUUAUUCCGAACCACUACAGAUACCUCCGAAUUCCUCCGACUCCGAACGACUCCGAACGACUCUGGACCACUCCGGACGACUCAUCCGGAAUCUUUCAGAGUCAUCCGGAACCUUCCGGAGUCCGACUCCAGGCAACUGCAGAUGACUCCGAACGACUACGACUUCGGACCACUCCGAACGACUCCAACUCCGGACGACUGGAUGUCUCCAGAUUACUCCAGACGACUCCGGAUGCCUGUGGACGACUCCGACUCCAGACGGAACUAGUGGUUCUCAUUUUGCCAGAGUCGGAAUCUUACUAACAAUUGUCGGAGUCGGAUCGGAGUCGUAGGUGCGCUCCAGAGAGCACAUCUUUUCUCCAAACUACAGCCCGCUGGAGUUUUUAAUGACAUUGGUAACAUUAAAACGAUUUGUCUAGUUUGUUGACUAUUUCAAUCGAUAUAUUAACUUCUAGAGAAGUCUUCUACCUUUGAAAGACGAAAAUCAAUCUGCAUUAACAGAACAGCUGUAGCAAUUUGAUAUAUUCAGUAAGCAUGUUCUUAUCAAGUUCACCCAUCAGCUAAAGGUAACUGUCAAAAUAGCCCUCUAAGAUUUGGAGAUUUUAAAUUUGCUAUUAGGAAGCUUUGUAUCUGGUUAAGUUCAAAUGUUAUGCGAGUAUUUAAAAAUCAUCUCCCACUGUGUUGGUCGGGCGAUUUGAUGCCUUCUGCGAUUACGGAUGCUGGUCUCGAAUGAUUUUCCCUAUACCAAACUUCUAAAACUAAGCAGCAUACUGCAAAUAAGCAUCACCCGGGCGAAGAUGUAGCUCUACAUAUCACGUUUAUGAAGGGAAUUUGUCAAGUUUGGAAGAUAUUAAAGAAAAUACUUUAACAACCGACCACUUUUUCAGGAAAAUUGAAGAAAAAUAAUAAUAUUGUUAAAGAAAUAUCGAACUUCCAAUAUCAUCCCAUAUAUCAGGCAUUAGGAAAACCUUUUCAGUUUCUCAUCUGCAUGUAUGAAUUAAAAAUACUAAAAAAGCACAUUUUCGAACCUAGAACCAAUUGUGUAUAGUAUGUAUAUUCAUAC